CGCUUCUCUCAUUCACCAUCCUGUCGCCCCUAUCACUCACGCUAAAAUCACACGAACCUCACACACAGAUAUCCCAUCAUGGCAUCCAACACACAACGAAUCACCACCCUCCUCAAACACUGGCCAACCGACAAAGUGCGCCCCUCCUCCGUGUCCGUCCAGAACUACCUCCAAGCCUGCCUCCAACCCUCAUCCACCGAACCCACCUCUCAGAAACAGCCUCAACAAGAAGGCCAAUUACAAAAAGUCAACAUCGACGAGAAAUCCCUCAACGCUCUUUCCUCACUCCUCGAAGACCGCUACGCAAGACGCUACCCCCUGUCGCCGAGGUUGCGCAGGCCGGCGAGUAACCCGGACCAUUACGAUAAUGUGAUCCGGGAGUUCGAUGAGGCGCCGGACCGGGACUGGAUGGGAAGGUUGAAGAAGAGGUUGGGUGGAUUGUUGAGGUUGAGGUAG